AUGGGGGAGAUGGAGCAGCUGAGGCAGGAAGCGGAGCAGCUCAAGAAGCAGAUUGCUGAUGCCAGGAAAGCCUGUGCGGACACCACCCUAGCUGAGCUUGUGUCUGGUCUAGAGGUGGUGGGACGAGUCCAGAUGCGGACACGGAGGACAUUAAGGGGACACCUGGCCAAGAUCUAUGCCAUGCACUGGGCCACUGACUCUAAGCUGCUGGUAAGUGCCUCGCAGGACGGGAAGCUGAUCGUGUGGGACACUUACACCACUAACAAGGUGCAUGCCAUUCCACUGCGUUCCUCCUGGGUCAUGACCUGUGCCUAUGCACCAUCAGGGAACUUUGUGGCGUGUGGGGGUCUGGACAACAUGUGUUCCAUCUAUAGCCUCAAAUCCCGUGAGGGCAAUGUUAAGGUCAGCCGGGAACUCUCUGCUCACACAGGUUAUCUCUCCUGUUGCCGUUUCCUGGAUGACAACAACAUUGUGACCAGCUCUGGGGACACCACGUGUGCCUUGUGGGACAUCGAGACGGGGCAGCAGAAGACGGUGUUUGUGGGACACACUGGGGACUGCAUGAGCCUGGCUGUGUCUCCAGACUACAAACUCUUCAUUUCGGGCGCUUGUGAUGCCAGCGCAAAGCUCUGGGAUGUGAGGGAAGGGACCUGCCGCCAGACUUUCACUGGCCAUGAAUCCGACAUCAAUGCUAUCUGUUUCUUUCCCAAUGGAGAGGCCAUCUGCACUGGCUCAGACGACGCUUCCUGCCGUCUGUUUGACCUGAGGGCAGACCAAGAACUGACCGCCUAUUCCCAUGAGAGCAUCAUCUGCGGCAUCACGUCAGUAGCCUUCUCGCUCAGUGGUCGCCUGCUCUUCGCAGGCUACGAUGACUUCAACUGCAAUGUCUGGGACUCUCUGAAGUGCGAGCGUGUAGGCGUACUCUCUGGCCACGACAACAGAGUCAGCUGCCUGGGGGUCACAGCUGACGGUAUGGCUGUGGCCACUGGUUCCUGGGACAGCUUCCUCAAAAUCUGGAACUAA